UUUAACUUAUUCUAAAAAGAAUUGCUUAAUAGGUUUUUAACUGUACAGUUAUUCAUUUCAAUUUUAUUUUAUUUUGAUUUUAGAUCUGUGCCACAACUAUGGAUUCAUUAAAAACUGAUAAUCAACUACUGAUAGUUAAUCGUUCAGUAGAAUAUCGUAUCAGUAAAGAACUGAUUCGUAAAAUACCUUAUUUUGAAAAGAUGUUCCCCCAUGACUUGAAGGAAUCCAAGGUAAACAAAGUUGUAUUGGAUUUUGAUGAAAAGACUUUCAAAAUAAUUCUGGAUUGGAUUGAAAUGGGCUCUAUGUACAUCAAGAUGGACCACGUAAUCAAUCUGUGCACCAUGGUGGACUAUUUUGGUAUGAACCAUAAUUUGAUAAAGGAUUGUUUCACCUAUUUCCAUAAAAAUUUUUCAAUUGAACAUCUUGGCACUGUUAUGAGUCAAGUGACUUCAACAUCUAAGUUGGUCAAUUCGCGCGCUCUAGAUGCUUUCAUUUGUCAUCAUUUCCUGAAGAUCGUCAACACGUCUUUUUGGUUGAAAUGUCACAGUGCAACAGUGUUGAAAAUUUGUCGACUCAACGUAAUGAUUUCUUCAGAGUACCAAGUUUUCGAAGCAAUCAUAAAAUGGCUCCGUUACAGGUUUGAUUAUAGAAAGCGUUAUUUUGCACAAUUGUUAGCAAGUAUCCGAUGGUGUAAUAUGGACCCUGGACAUUUAUCUGAUUUAAAAAAAAAUGAUUUAGUAAGAUCUGCAGACUUAGUGGUGGAAACUUGCUCUCUUGAUGAAGGCUGUGGUUGCAACUACGAUCGAACUAAGCAGAAUUAUUUUAUUACCAUUGAAGAGUUGAACACUAAGAAUUUACGAAUCAAAGUCCUUGACAGUAAUUUUUUCCCGCUGGUUAAUCAAGUCUUCAAAUGGGAUAAUUCAUUGCCUUUAUUUUCCCUUCCUGAUGAACAUGUAUCUGAUGUUGUAUUUGAUUCUGGGAGGAAAAUGAUCCGAAUUGAUUGGAAGCAAGAGAAAUGUCGUUUGCUUAAUUAUGUAGAAUAUUUAACUUAUUGUUAUAAACGUGAUAAUCACAUCAUCAAAAAGCAUAAAAUGACCAAACAUCAAGUGGCAAAGGUUUCUGGAAAAUUCGUUGCUAUUACCGGAAGUUUACUCCUUGAAGCUAAUGGAAAGUUAAUUUUGCUUCGCAUAUCUAAUGAAUUUGUUGAAUGUUGGUCGGAUCCAAAAGCUGAAAACAUCAACUCUAUAGCCUAUUCUUUUAAAGAUAAUUUUAUUGCUACUAUUUUAGACAAAAAUAUGUACAUACUGACUGAGGCUUUGGAUUUCAUGACAUUCAAAAUUGAUAAAGAUGGAGAGCUCAAAAUUAUUAAACUUAAACGAUUAAAAGAACAGUUAGAUUUCGAUGAUUUAUUUCUAACUUCAGGCCAGGCCCAUGAUAAAGUUUUUUUGGUUGACAAGUCAACAGGAAACGUCUAUUGUUUCAAUAUCACAACUCAACGAUGGAGCCAAAUUGGUCUACUGGUAAAUUAUAACUGCUGUAAAACUGAUCGCAAAAAGAAGUCUAGUAAGCUGUUAACAUUUACCUCAGCUUUUUUAUCAAUAGACGCUAUCAGACCUUGUUUAAAGCGUAAACUUAAUUCAUCAAAUUAACUAUUCUUAAAUAAUUCAUUAUUUAUUCAUUAAACCGACUAAAUUGUAUCUACUAUCCUUUAAAAAGAUGAAAACAUAAUAAAAUCAUAUUCUAUUAUC